CCCUAUGGCUGCAGCAGCUACUUCGGGGGGAACGGUGCUGAACGGGACCCUGGGAUCUUCCUUCCUGUCCGGAAGCAAGAAGACCCAAUCCUUGUUUGCUGCCGCUUCCAGAAUCGGAAACAGUAUUGGCGGAAGGAAGUUGGUCAUUGUAUCCGCCGCUAAGAAAUCUUGGAUUCCCGCCGUCAAAGGCGGCGGCAACCUAGUCGACCCCGAAUGGCUCGAUGGCUCGCUGCCGGGCGACUACGGGUUCGACCCGCUGGGGCUGGGGAAGGACCCGGCUUUCCUGAAGUGGUACAGAGAGGCGGAGCUGAUCCACGGGCGGUGGGCGAUGGCGGCGGUGGUAGGGAUCUUCGUGGGGCAGGCGUGGAGCGGGAUCUUCGGCGGGCUCCAUUCCUCCUUCGUCGCCGAUGAAACGGGUGGAGAGGAAGAAAAAUGGGAAAGAUGA